AUGCUUUUCUCCGACGCGUCCGCGAUGGAUAGGCUUCCCAAUGAGAUAUGGCAGAUGAUCCUCGAUCGCGCAAUGAUCCGUGAUGCCCCUCUGUGUAUACAUGACUUCCUGUCGGCCACCGGGGUUGCAAAACGGUCCACAGAUGCCGAAAAUAAGCGAAAAAGAGAGCAGCGAGAUUGUAACCACAUUGCUCCUGAAGCGAGACAAUCGCGGACGAGGCCUAACAGAGUCCGUGUGUUGACGAGGAAUGAUCCAGAGGGCGAAGAGCCGCUCCAAGCAAACUCUUCCCUCGCACCCACGUCUACAUCGCUUUUACACAACCUCCAUAAGAGCCAGAAGCCGCAUUUUCUCGACUGGCAACUCAUUAACGGAACCUGCCAACUUUUCCGCAAAUUAGGAAAAAGAUCCUUCUUCGCCAACAAAACAUUCGCCAUGGAGCCGGCAAUCUCCGAGAAGCUCCAGCAAUGCAAAUUAAAACAGCUCAGUGUAGAAAACCAGCAGAUGGCAGUUCACUACAUCAGAUCAGUCAUAUUCAUCGAAACGUGCUUGUUCUCUCCGAGAUCCAUAUUGUUACUACCUCGUCGGGUCGCCAUUUUCCCGCGCCUUCGAUGGCUCGACCAUCUCUUUGCAUAUGCUGCAGACUCACCUUCAAGUCCGGAUGAAGUGCUCUAUUCUAUCUCUACACGAAAGGCGCUUGUGUCGCCUCUUCACGACUUGCUUGGUGGUAUUGGCGUCCCCACGGACAGACUGGAGCUUGGCUCCAUGCGUAAUAAGUACGUAUCAUGGGAAGAGCUUGAAGCUACUUUGCGGAGCGACAUAUAUCCCAUGCUGAGAUUCGUGGCCGAAGCGAAGGCGCGACAGAAAAAGGUCAAAGUGUGA